AUGGGCAACCUGAUCUACGUUGACCUCGACACUUCAGUCUACAGUUCGUGCGCUGGACGGCUCCCGUGCCGUCUGCAUUGCGUCACAGCCUCGGCGCAGAACGAGUGGCGACGAGGACGUCUUAUUCGCUGGCGUAGUGGGUGGAGCAUCGUUCACCCAGUCGCACAAGCUGGAGUGGCAAGUUGCCAUUGGCAACUCGGUUCAGCGGUACCGUACUCUUCGAUGCUACCCGUUCAAACAGUGAAACAGCUGGAAGUGCAGCGGCGACUGGGCCGAGGCGCAAGUGACUGGCUUGACAGACUGCUGUGGCGAGCAUGCGGCAUUCGCACACUGCACCCCCAACGCUCGACGUUCGCUCGUCGCCUGAUACAAAGCACAAGUCAAGCAAGGAGAAGACCCCAGCCAGAGGUAAAUCCGCGCGCGCGGAGAAAGACUGAUUACUGCGGCAAGAGCGCGCUCCACGGCGUCGGCGCAAGCGUGAGUGUCCGUCCGUCAGUGCCCUGCACACUCCCCAUAUCCAUUCCUGCGCGUCCGUGGCCGACAGCCAUGCCCAAGAACAACUACGACGACGAUGAGGACGACGAUCUGCUCAUGGCGCUGCAAAGCAUGGAGCCUUGCGGUAACUGUGGCGCUGAGGGGGCCAAAAUCCCCUGUAUGAGUGGAUGUGGAGAGGUCUUCUACUGCUCCAGGGAAUGCAAUAUGCACCACGCGUCGGCGCAUCGUCUGCGCUGUCGGAACUUGCGCUGCUCCAAGUUUAACGACUCAGAGUCUGAGUCAGACGAUGACGACUCAGACGAGUACGAGACGGACUCGAGUGCCGAGUACGAGACAGACUCGGAUGAAGACGAAGAGGAAGAAGAAGAGGAAGAAGAAGUCAAGCCGAAGAAGAAGAAGGGCAAGAAGAAAGGUCGAGGGCGCUCCAAGUCUCGACGAGUCAACAGCUCACGCAGCGUCGAGUCUUCAGGCAGUACACUCUCGCGCAAAGUGAGUCUGGACGCUGAUGUGGAGAAGCGGAUUGAAGAAAAGAUCAUGAAGCGACUCAAGAAACAGGAAGAAGCGCGUAUCGCCCAGGCGAUCGAAUCUCGUAUGCGCGCAGAGAAGGCCAAUUGGCGGGACGACGAGAUGAACCGCAUCAUUAUGGAAAUGCGGGAGCGAUUCCAGAGCGAAAUGUCCACGACGACCUUCUGGACUGCUUUGGCCAAGAAGAACGGACUGGAAAUGGACUCACAGGAGAUGCAGACACUGCAGAAAUCCAUGGAGCAUUCCUUCUUGCAGUCCAAUCCGCAGUCCGAGGACAAGAUGGCGGCUCCCAUGUCUGCUGAAGAAGCGGUGGCUGCAGGAGUGGCUGCGGUCGAUGGAUCCGAAGCGACAGUCAGUCGAACUCGCAGCGUGUCCAAGGAAUCCUCGUGGAACAACGCCUGUGCUGCGUUCGAAGCGUUAAGAGUUGUGGUCUGGAAGCACAGCUUUCUACCGCGUCUGCAGUUCCGAGCUGACGGCUCGACGGGUAUCUGGAACACUGUCACGGAGUUGGACGCUGACGAGUCGCUCGCACAUAUCUGUGUGGGUGACAAGCUGCUGUCUAUCAACGGACGCGCUAUCGACGACUCAGUGUGCACAGACGACGACUUGAACGAUAUCUUCGCUGCGUACGCAUCGCCCAUUAUUAUGAAAUUCGAGGCCGGCGACCCUUCUCCGGAGAAAUGCAAGGUACACGAAUACGCGGUGACGUGGUCGAAUGGACCUUUGGGUGUGACGCUGAAGGAUGACUGCGCCACACAGAAGAUCCCGAUUGUAAACCGAUUGACCAAGAAGGCUGGAUCAGUGGCUGUCAAACAGAACAUUGCGAUUGGUGAUGUACUGGUGGCUAUCAACAACAUCGACACGAUCCAGCUGGGCUGUUCGUUGUCCAUGUCGAUCCUUAAGAAGGUGCAGCUACCGGCUAAGCUUCGAUUCCGUGGUGUGGGUGGUCCGGGUCCUGCUUCAACGCCCAAUAACGAGCCAGCUCCUCAGGUACCGCCACGUAGCAGUGUGACUGUGUCGCGUAAACCCAGCUCGUUGAAACCGGAGAACGGCAACGCACAAGUGGAAGAGCGCACUCCGUCAGUGAUGAACUUCAGCAUGAGCAUGUCUCGACCCAGCAAAUAUACGGUUAACUGGGGGGAAGGACCGUUGGGUCUUACGAUCAUUCCUGGUCUGAAUGAGGGCGAUCUCCCAGUGAUCAAGAAGGUCACGGGGACAGGUAACUCGGUUGGUAUCGACAAGGCGCAGGUGGGCGAUUUUUUGGAGAGUAUGAACGGCAUCGAGACAGCCACGAUGCACUUCGAGAACGUAGUGUCGUACCUGAAGACAGCGCCGAAGCCUGUGUUGCUACGCUUCCGUGCUGCAUUGGAUGACGAUGACUCUAGAGGACCGUCGUCGUACCGCAGUAAUGGCACAGCUUUGUCCGCUAAGAGCGACGCUAGCUAUACAGCGAGUACGCAUUCCAGCUACGACAGUGCGCCAGUGCACAUGAGUCCGCCGGAGCCAGCACCCAUGCCUGCUCCUACUCCCAGUCACGAGGUUGUGAGGCAAGUAUCACGCGAGGCGCCGAGCGACGUGUACAAGGUGGUGUGGGGGUCGGGAUCUCUGGGUCUCACUAUCGACGCAAAGCCGCAUACGGGCGCAUUUAUCAAGCGCGUCGCUGCUCAGGGAGCCGCAGCACAUCUAUCUCACGACUGUGUGGGAGACGAUGUGACCCACAUCAACGACAUGGACGUGUCUCGUGUGGCGUUCCAGGAUAUUGUGGCACAUCUAAAGAAUGUGCCACGUCCAGUUACGCUCUUCUUCCGACGCAAAGCUGCCCAGUCUCACCAUGAGCGACAACACUCGUACUCGUCGAGCUCCGGUGGCGGCUCUCCGACCAAGUACGAAGUUCCUACCCCAAGUCACAGCAGGAAAGCGGCAUUAGCUGCUGCAGGCGAAGACAACGGCGUGCAGUUCUACAAUUUGGUGUGGCAGGACGGCACGCCGCUGGGGCUUUCGUUGCGUGGAGCUGACAACAUGUGCGAGUAUCCUUACAUUACUCGCGUGACGGGCACUGGGAGUGCGGCGCAUUUACCACAGUCUGCGCUGAACGACUGUUUGAUUUCUGUGGACGGACGAAGCGUGCAUGCACGUGACAAGUCGUUCGAGGAGGUGAUGACGCUACUCAAGGUGAUGCAGAAGCCCUUGACGCUGAAGUUCCAGGUGCGAAACGUGGGUGGAGCUCCUCAGUCUCGUGCGCCGGCACCUCCUCCGCCGGCACCGGCACCAGUGCAAUAUCAGCAGCGGGCACCGUCGCCGGCACCGUCGCCGCCUCAGCACCAGCAGCACCAGCAACCGCAGCAGCGAAAGGUGGUAAAGACGCAGGAAUCGUACACAUGGCGGCAGAAUCGAGCUCCUCCUCCGCCGGUACCUGUCCUACAACCGAUGUCGCAGUCCUAUAACGCGAGCUCGUCGCUCCCCAGUGGGCACAAUAGUAAUAAUCUUAGUAGGAGUGUCAAUUCCAUGGGUAGCGAUCGUGGUCUGGGCGCGGGGGUGACUCCGGGCAACGAGAACAAGUUCAGCAGCAUCCAGGCGCCCUUCCUCGUGCAGAACAAGCUCUCGACCGGCCGCCGGCAAAAGAUGCUUAAGGGCCUCAAGAAGUAG